AUGUCCGGAAUCUACAACUACGAGCUCAAGGGCUCCGUCCCGUUGUGCGAAUGUGGUGGAGUGGCACUGGACUCCAGCGACAACAAGCCGACAAUCGGAUAUUCUCGAGUGUCCUGGCCCUAUCGCCUGGCAUUCUAUUCUAUCAAUGCCUUCUACAUUGAAGUAUUUUGGACGGCUAUGUGGUCCUACUUCCUGGAAGAUGGAGAUCUCAAGCUCGUCGGUUAUUCGUCUGUGUGGAGCUUGAUAAUCUACGGUCUUUCGUUCUUGGUCAUCGAGAGACUGUAUUUCUUCUUUCUGGAUCACAAAAUCACGAUGUUGGCGAGAGGAUUCCUCUACAUGCUUCUGUGUUUCGCUGUGGAAUUAGCCUUCGGCUUGGUGCUGAUGCAGUUCGACGCCAACUCCUGGGAUUACAGUCAGCAGUUCACGUACCAUUUGUUUGGAUGUAUCGCUUUGGAGUACGCACCGCUUUGGUUCUUCGGUUCACUGCUUUUUGAAAAGCUUGCCAUUGAACCUUGCACUCGUGCAGCAUUCCAGAGUUUCUCCCAACCCAAGGCGAAGAGUUCGUAA